UUAUUGUGAAAUAUUUUAAAUUGAUUCAAGGGCAGUGUGAUUCAUAAUUUUAAAGAGAGAUAAACCAGAUAGAUUAACCAUGUUUACCGCAUUAUUUGGUAAAAGAAGAUCAUCUCCAGUGGAAGACGAAACGCCACCAAUACCCGGCCCUAAAGCUGACGAUGGCUUUGUUGUAAUUGAUCCCAAUGCUUCCGGCGGUGGAGGCUUGUAUCCCAGUGUGAGUGGAGUACCGUAUCCACCCAGGCCAGCUCCCCCACUUCCGGGACGCAGACCGCAUCGUAUUGAUCCAACUUUCCACUAUUUACAAGGUGUUCCAUUUUCAUUAUCUCGUGAACUUCAAAUGUCCGCUAAUAAAGAUGCAUUUGCUACGGAAAUCGGUGAUCUUUUAGCGUUUUUGACGAACAAAAUGAAUAUGAGUGCAUAUAACUAUGACUUCUCUGCUGAAAAGAGUGUUUUGAAGGAGUGUUAAUGAAAAAAACAUGAAUACCUGUGUAUACUUAAAACUUAUACAGAGAAAAAAAGCAUGAAAUCAUUUACUCAUUUACAUUAGGAAUGGUAAAGAGUUAGUAUGGUUAUAAUAAGAGGUGAAAUAUGAGGAUAGUAUUGAGUGUAAAAUAUGUUACAAACAAGUGUAUGAAGUGUACAACGGAUAAGAUAAUAUAUGUAAGCAAUAAGGACUAUAAAAAGUUGAAAAUAUAAUAAUCAGCCACCAUAACAGGAGAUCAAUGCUGAGAUAUAAUGUAAAAUGCAAUUUAUUGAUAUGUUUUGAAUAUCAUUUUAUAAAGUCAAUUUUAUAGGAAUGUAUGUUUAAGACCAAUAAGAUCCAUUUUGCAACUGCAUCAUUGGAUAGCAUGUACAACUAUGGAUCAGGAAGUUGUGUCAAAUCAAAUAUUCAAUUAUUUGCUAAGAAGAUGUGACAACUGAAUUUAAAAAAUCCCCAGGAGUGGUGGAAACUUUCCACUGUCUUUUGUCAACAGAGACAUUCUUUUGAUAUUUUUUUUAUAUUUUAAAAAUCCUUGUCCAAUGGAAUUUCCGUGUUAUAUCCUUUGUAGUAUUAUAUGAAGAAUUACAACAUAUGUAGUUAUUGUUGAUAAAUGAAAUCUUGAAAUUAAUCAAAAGAGACAAAAGAAAAAAAAAACUAGUUUUAUGUAAAAUUCACAAAAAUAAAAUUUUAUUGUAAAUAAAUGAAUCUACAUCUUGUAA